AUGUAUUUCUUGAUAGUUGAAACUUUGACCCCCGGAGACAGGUUCAACCACAGUUUUACCAAUCUAAGUGGUGAGGUGCACAACCUUCGACCAUCAACACCCUACAAAUGCUACGUCUAUUCUUCGAACUCGGCUGGGUUGGGAUCUCGCUCUAGAGAGAGGACCGUCACGACACUGGUACAGCCGCCAGGAUUCGUCAACGUAGCGCACACGAGUAGAAGCACAGCGCGCGUAACCUGGGAGAGUGUAAGUAAAGUGCUGCUGUAUCAAGUGACCGUCGUCGACACCGACAACCCCAACAGCGCUGCCUUCGUGAGGAACACUUCUUCCACGUUCCUGGACAUCAGCAAUCUCCAGCCAUGCUCUACCUAUCGAAUUGGAGUCUCAUCAGUCAACGCCUUUUUGGUACCAGGAGAGGCAACAUAUGCCACAUAUACCACAAGCACAAUAGGUGCGGUGACAUCAAUCUCGGUUGACUAUAGCUGCUCCAGUGGCAUGGUGACAGUGUCGUGGGACACCGUUUUCGGGGCGGAUUCCUACAGGGCAGUGGCUACUGAUGGCAAUGGCACCACGCUGUCCUGCACCUCGCAGUCAGCCAGCUGCCAGAUCACCAGGGUGAAGUGCGGCGAGCGGUACCUGGUGCGUGUCACCUCCAUCUCUGACGACUGCGAGAACUCUUCAAACGUCACCGCUGACUUCGAGACAGUGCCCUGCCCUCCCGCCGGCCUGGUCACCUACCGCGAGUGCUCCAGCAAUGUAAUCAUCUUUGCCUGGGAUCGCACCAACAACACGGGCUACUACGUGGCCACGGCGCUGGCCUCCAACGGGGAGGUGACCGAAUGCCGCACCACCGACACGUCCUGCUUCUUCACCAACACGGGCUGCGGCCGCGGCUACCAAUUCACCGUCUACUCCGUCAGCGGCCUGUGCCACAGCGAGCUCAGCCCCCCGGCCCACGUCCGCACAGCACCCUGUGACCCCACCAACGUGAAGACACUGGCCGAGUGCCGGUCGGACGUGCUGAUUACGACCUGGGACAGGGCAGACGGUGCCCUCUCCUACAUGGUGGAGGCCCGUGGUAACCGAGGUGACCGCUACAACUGCAGCUCCUUCACCGAAAGCUGCGCUAUACCAGGGGUGCGAUGCGGCGAGAGCCUGAGCGUGUGGAUCACGGCUACCGAUGAUGACUGCACCAGCGGCACGGCCCUGGGAGAGGCUGCUGAGACAGUGCCCUGCACGCCUCAGAACGUGACGGCAGUCCGGGACUGCGGGCCCGACACCGCCUCGCUGGACUGGGAGGCGAGCGGAGGCGCCGUGUUCUACAUCGCCUCGGCCGCGCACGCCGACGGCACGGUGCGCACCUGCACCGCCAUGGACACGCAGUGCCAGAUCCAGGGCCUGCGCUGCGGCCAGACCUACGAAGCCUCCGUCGUCGCCACCAACAUGAGGUGCAACAGCUCCGAGAGCGACCGCGUCACCUUGGAGACGGCGCCAUGUCCUCCGGACCACAUCGAGGCCAUCCUGGACUGCGAGGCGAACCACGCCCUAAUUGUGUGGCAGAACCACCUGAGCAUCGGCUCCUACACGGCCAUCAUCCAGGACGCCGACGGCGGCAUGCUCAGCUGCAGCACCCCCAGCAACAACUGCGUCAUCCCCGAGCUGAGGUGCGGCAAGCUGUACACCGUUAGCGUCCAGCACUACGACGGCACAUGCUCCAGCCUGCCCUCGGCGCCCAUCCAGAUGGACUCCGUUCCGUGCGGGCCGGAGAACGUCCGGACCGAUGUGAACUGUGGGACAGGGGAGCUAACCGUGGGCUGGGACGUGUCUGUCCCGGGGCAGAGCUACACCACCAUCGUGUCCACGGGGAACGGGGAGAGAACUUUGUGCAACUCCACAGAUACGCGCUGCAGCAUCACCGGUCUGGACUGCGGCAGGUCCUACAUUGUGGUGGUCCUGUCUGUCAACGGCACCUGUCUGAGCAUGCCCAGUAGAGAUGUGGUCAUCCAGGAAGCACCGUGUGUGCCCACCAACGUGACCACGGAGCGGACCUGUGCGGACACUGCCGCUGUUCGCUGGGUGGCCAGCAGGGGGGCCACACAUUACAUCGCCAUCGCCGUGGGCAACAGCGGGCACAGAUCUGAGUGUUCUUCAAACGACACGGCCUGCGAACUCAACGGCCUGCUCUGUGGGGAGGUGUACACGGUGGGCGUGGCGGCAGUGGACGAAAACUGCACCAGCCCUCAGAGCCAGACGGUCAUGCUGCCGACAGUGCCUUGUGCCCCGUCCAGUGUGCGUGGCUGGGUGGACUGCGCCAGCAACGCAGCCUCCAUAUCCUGGGCCCCCAGCCCCAAUGCCUUGUCCUACUCUGUGAUGGCGACGGCGGCGGACGGUCACGCUCACUCCUGUAACUCCACCUCCGCCACCUGCCUGGUGACUGACCUCCACUGUGGCGAGGAGUACGCCUUUACCGUGACCGCCAGCGAUGGCAGCUGUGACAGCCUGGCCAGCGCACCUGUCAGCCUGGAAACAGCUCCAUGCGCCCCUACAAAUGUGGCAAACCACCUCUACUGCGGCACAAACGUCCUUGCGGUCAGCUGGGACUCUGCAGGAACGCUGCUCAACUACAGUGCCACCGCCAGGGCGCCAAACGGCACCAUGCAUUCCUGCAGCACUGCGGACUCCAGCUGCCACAUCACUGACCUACUGUGCGGGCAAUGGUACAGCCUCACCGUCACGGCCUCUAAUGCCAACUGCACCGGACCGGAGAGCGCAGCACAAACUGUGCAGACAGGUGUGUGCGACAGGCCUGGUCAGGGAUGA